GAGGACGAACAAGGAGGUUCUACAUUCAUGAAUGUGAAUGAGAGAGAAUGAGAGAGAGAAAGUUAAAAAAAAAACAAGCGAGAGAGCAUGAGAGAGUGUAAGAGAGAGCGAGAGAGGACAGGAUAGAGAAGGAUUCAGUGUGUGAUGCUGUUUCUGUGAACUUAGUUCAGGUUCAGAUCAGAUGUGCUUUUCCAGCUGGUUUUAUUGGAUCUCUCGUGCCGCCACGUGCCACACACACACACACACACGUUCACGCCCGCAUACAGCCCGUCUGCUACCCGGCACCGUCUGAUCUGCAGUCUGGAUCUGCCGUCUGGAUCUGCCUUUAUCUGUGGAUGUGCCAGCGCAGGUCGAUCACUCCAUUCUCACGUCCGGGUGUGAAGUGCCACUCGUCGGAUGGAUUAGCUGUGGAAUGCUGAGUGCAGGAGAUGUGGAAUAUGGAGGAAUGUUUCCACUCUUUGGAUUUUUCCCUUGAUGGUUUUGGCUCGGAGGGAACGAGACACAUCUUCAGCUUGGCACAUCUUUGAAGAGUCUUUUCCAUUCGCUCUUAAAAGAGCGGUCAGAGCAGCCGGCCGGUUCUCGUGAAAGUCUGCGUGUGUGUGAGAGUGUUUGUGUUAGUGUGUGAUGCUGGAUGGGUUGCCUGUAAUGAUGCCCGCUUCAUCCCCUCGACUUGAUGCGAUGGAGUGGAGCUUUUGGGAUGCCGUCGGGGUGGACUGUAGCGCCCCUGAGCCGCGCUGCAUCUGGGUGGCUGUGCUGCAUGACAACUCGGCCGUCACGCCCCAACGAGCACACACACCCGAGACCGCAGGUGGUCAGCGCCGGACAGUCCAACAUGAGAACGGGGCUAAGGGGCGAAAAGAUGGUAUCUUGUCAUCCGGUGAGAACCCACGGCCGGUGCUGGUGGGCGGAGCUGAAGGACGGGCUCUAUCCUGGCAGGGCCCACGAACACUGGUACUUCAGAAGAACUCUCAGGGCUUCGGGUUCACGCUGCGCCACUUCAUCGUGUACCCGCCCGAGUCGGCCUUACACACCAGCCUCAAGGACGACGAAAAUGGAAACGGAAAAGGCAUCCAGCGCAGUCGGCUAGAGCCAAUGGACACCAUAUUUGUUAAGAAUGUGAGGGAGAAAGGCCCCGCCCACCAGGCUGGUCUGUGCACAGGUGACAGGCUGGUGAAGGUGAAUGGUGAAAGUGUGUUGGGGAAGACGUACUCUGAGGUGAUCGCGCUCAUUCAGAACAGUGAAAGUGUGUUGGAACUCUCCAUCAUGCCAAAGGAUGAGGAUGUUCUGCAGCUAGCGUAUUCUCACGAUGCCUACCUGAAAGGGAACGAGCCAUUUACAGGAGGAGCCCAGAGUCUUCCGACGCCACCUUCUCUUUGCUACCCACCACGAACACAAUCCCAGUCCCAGCCGAGUCCCAAUUCCUGCCCGAAUACAUCCCGGUCCCCCUACAUGGGACAGAAUCAGUUGGACAACUGGAGCCGCUGGCCCAGCUCCACCUCCAGCACAUCGCCACCACUCGAUAACCGGACGAGUGUUCCCACCACUAACAGUAAGGCCUGGGCGUCAGAGGGGCGCGAAGCAGGAGGCGUCAGUCAUUGCAGCCCAGCCCAUCGUACAGAGGAGAAUCGGUACGGCAUGACUGAGAGAUCUUUCUCGUCCUCGUCUUCCUCGAGCCCGCCCCACGCACUUACUGAAAACCACUGCAAGGACAGCCUGGUGUGGAGCAGCCCGCCAAAACCUGCGCCUUCCAGCCGCAGCGAAUGCACCCAACAGGCCCUCACUAACUGGUACUACAACCAAGUGUCAGAGCGAGAACGCUCGGCCGUUCGCUCGCUACACCCGCGCCAUCGCAGUUUCUCGCAGGACCGGCUAGCAGAGCUAAGUCGAAACAGGCGGAGACAGCAAGCUGAAUUUCCCCACAGCGCUUCUCAGGACACGCUGAUACAUCUGCAGCAGUCAGGCGCAGGACACCAUCCUCCCUGGCCUCAGAUCCUCGCUCCCAUCUGCCAAAGCCGUCCUCGCUCGGAGAGCCUCCUGCGCACUCGCCACGGUCACUCGGGCCGCUCCUUAGAGGCUAUCGACAAGGCACUCAGCCCUCUCUCACCACACAAAGAGAGAUCAGCCUUGCACCAUCAGCCACAGUGGCCAGGCAAGCAGUCGAGCCAGGCGCAACCUAGUACCCGCCAGGCUCAUCGGCAACACCAACUGUCUUCGGAGCCGCAACGUUCUCCGCACCAUCACUCCACUCAACAGCAGCAACACACACCUCAGCACUUGUCACAACAUGCACCCCAGAGCCGCCGCCUGACCUCGUGCCAGAGCGUCGACCAGGAGCUGGUCGGCUACCGCAGCUACAGUCCGUCUUUUAACCGCAAGAGUGGACGAAUCCUGCAGCAUGCACAGUCAUUCCGGGACCCUUCCUACUCAGGCCCACGCCUCAGCUGGACGACCGCAGCCAACACCAGUCCUCCGGAGAGCAGCAUCCCGUCUCCUCCUUGUGACUCGGCCACACAAUCGUCAACCACUGCAAGUAAAGCACCGGAGGGAAGUCAUCGACCGACCAAUCAUAAGAGAGAGGGAGCGGAGGUGGAAGGGGAGAUCAAACAGCAGGUACAGGAGGUGGUGCUGAGGCAGAAGCCACCCAUGGGAAGGAGGGCGGGUCACGGCAACCGACCCCCACAUUAUGCCCUGGCACUCGACGGCAGUGACCCGUUCCUCUUCACGUCCGACCCGGAGGACGCCCAGCAGAACUCUGAGAGCUCCUCGUCCCAACGGCGUGUCAAUGGUAAUCUAGUUCCUUUAUCUGUGGAGGAUGAUUCGCUGGCAUCUAUCCCCUUCAUUGAUGAGCCGACCAGCCCGAGCGCAGACCUGCGGGCGUGUCACAUCCCCGCCUCGUCGGUAGUGUCCAGCGGUGGCCUUAGGUCUGCCCCCGCUGUGGGGACCAGUCCCGCCUCACACACCUUCACCUUCCCCCUCAGCCGCCUCUCCUCCCACGACUGCAGCAGUAUCAAAUCCAGUCGGCGUUCGUCCUACCUGCUGGCCAUUACCACCGAGCGCUCCAAGUCAUGCGACGAAGGCCUCAACACCUUCAGAGACGACGGACGAACCUUCUCGAGAGUGCCUAAAAGAGUAAAAAGCUUCUUUGAUGAUGGGUCUUUGGACAGUCUUGGUGCUGCUGAGGAGGCUCGAUCUAAACGUCACUCUGCCUCUGAGCUGGGCAGCAUCAGCUACACUGAUAUCAGGAAAGAGGGCUGGCUUCACUACAAACAGAUUCACACAGAAAAGGGCAAGAAGGUGGGCAGUGCAAUUCGUCCCUGGAGACGCGUCUUCUCGGUGCUGCGCUGCAACUCUCUUCACCUCUACAAAGACAAGCGAGAGGCUUUGCUCAAGGGCUCGGCUCUGGGAGGCGGGUCCGAGGACGAACAUGUGAUCAGGAUCAGCGGCUGCCUGGUGGACAUCGCGUACAGUGAGACGAAGCGCAAGAACGCACUUCGACUGACCACGCAGGACUUCUGCGAGUACCUGCUGCAGGCCGAGGAUCGAGACGACAUGCUGGAUUGGAUCCGAGUGAUUGGAGAUAGCAGCAAGAUGGAGAGUGAGGAUUUGGGUUUUUCUCGGCAAGCUCUCAUCAAUAAGAAACUAAAUGAUUACAGGAAGCAGAGUCCAACCAGCAACAAACCUGACUCGUCUCCCAGAGUGCCACGCAUGGCUUUCCUGCACACAAAGACCGAGAACAGCAGUGCCCCCCCACGCUCCCCUAAACACGAAGCCAAAGAGGAGAGCAGUCCUCCCAAAUCUCCAUGGGGCAUCAACUUCAUGAAGAAGGUGAAGAAAACUGACCCUAAAGCGUUUGGUGUACGACUGGAAGACUGCCAACCCGCCUCCUCUCACAAGUUUGUUCCACUGAUUGUGGAGAUCUGCUGUGGCUUGGUGGAGGAGAUGGGUCUGGAGUACACGGGGAUCUACAGAGUACCGGGCAACAACGCUGUCGUGUCCAACUUACAGGAACAGCUCAAUAAAGGAUGUGACAUCAACACUGCGGACGAGAGGUGGCAGGACCUAAAUGUGGUGAGCAGCCUUCUCAAAUUGUUCUUCCGAAAGCUUCCGGAACCCCUCUUUACUGACGACAAGUACAAUGACUUCAUAGAGGCCAAUCGUAUGGAGAACCCGAACGACAGACUAAAAACUUUAAAGAAACUGAUUCAUGACUUACCAGAUUAUUACUUCCACACGCUGAAGUUUCUGAUUGGUCACCUGAAGAGGGUCGCAGAUAAUUCUGACAAGAACAAGAUGGAGCCUCGUAACCUGGCGCUGGUGUUUGGCCCGACUCUCGUCCGAACCUCAGAGGACAACAUGACAGACAUGGUCACCCACAUGCCCGACCGCUACAAGAUCAUUGAGACUCUCGUCCAACAUUAUGCAUGGUUCUUCAGUGAAGAACACGACAAGGAUGAAAAAACUCCUGAGGACACAGAGGAUGUUCAGCCUGCCCCCAAUAUAGACCACCUCUUAUCGAACAUCGGCCGAACCGGCCUUUUGGGGGAGAUUACAGACUCAACCAACAGUGAUUCUGCUAAAUCAAAGGGUAUAGCGGGGUUAAAACGUGACGUCUCAGCCAAGGAAUUUCUGACAACACUGGCCAUCGUGUCUGCUGUGACUCGCAGGCGCAGAAGACGCCCCGCCGCGCGCCUCCUGGGCAGCAGCACCGAUGACGACUCCGAACAAGAGCCCAUCAGAACUGAUGUCAACUCGGAGGGAAAGCUGAUGGAAACCAGGGCGUGUGAAUCUGACACCGCUCCGCGUGCAGAGGCAGAAGAGGACGACGUCGAGGAAGAGGAUGAGGACAGGGCAGAGAAAGAGGAAGAGCACCAGACUCAAGAUAAGGUUGUUCCCAGUGUGCCAUGCUUGGAGGAGGUUAGAUCGGUACUUCUGAGUGAAGAAGAAGACCAGCAGUCCGAGGUGAAAGGACGAAGCUGGAGAGGUGAAGAUGCCCGCUCGAUAGUUUCGGGUUACUCCACUCUGUCCACCCUGGGGCGGAGUUUAGCGUCUGAGGGUCGGGGCGAGGACGCAGACGACGAACAGAGCGAGCUAGUCAGCGAGACGGAUAACGAAAGUGGCUUCGCCUCGCGCUCUCUGACUCAGGAACGUCCUGAGAAGCGCACACCACCCCCAACGCAAACACACGCCUCACCAGAACCGACUGCACCUCGUAGUUUUCUGUACACACACCACAAAUCAGCCACUUCUGCAUCCGCACCUCCAGAUCCUGCUCCUGUUUCAUCUAAACUAAUCCCACCUGAAACUGUCGAGAAAGGAACCGAGGGCGCGGGACGCUCCUCCACUCCGUCCACCUCAUCCUAUUCAUCCACGGCCUCCCAGCGCCUCCACAACCGGUCCGCCUUUAACUCGCAUCGCCUCAUACAAUGUGACACCUUGGCACGUCGCCGGACAAAAUUCGAGAAGACCAAAGCGCACUCCUUAGAUCCCCUAGAAGUCUCCAGUGGUUCAGCCACAGAGGACUCUAGCGUAGGUCAAAAAAGACCCACCGCACUUGACUCCUCCCCUUCCCGCUCACCUUCUUUACGGACCAAACCAGCAUCAGAAAGUGGACGCCAGAUUACGCUGCCCCUUGUUUCUGAUGGCAUCUCCUCUUCCUCCAUAGGGCAGGGAUCACUGGCCGAGCAGGUCCGCGCCCGCCUGCUAGGGUCAGCCGAAGAUCUCCGUUUCACCGGUUUGAGAAAACCGCUCUCGCCUGAAACGCGCCGGAGGCGACGAGCCUGGAGGAGGCACACGGUAGUGGUCUCACCUACUAGCAACCCUCAGAAAACUGUAACGACCCCUAACUCCGGCGUUAACAACAACAACAAGCCCCCAGCUCCACCACCCAAACCUGUCAGUCUAAUCAGGCGCCCCGGGGAUCAACCCCUCCCACAGUGUUCGGCAGUCGAUGCUUCUUUGGCACGCCGGGCCCCGUCUACCUCCCGAUUCCAUGAAUGCUUGUGACAGUAGGGAGCACACUACAAGCUACAGGCUGUGUCUCAUUCGCAGCUGCUCCGCUUGCCUGGCGCAGGGUUUUCAGCAUUGCCAAAGUGGACCAUUUUAUUGCUUUUUUUAACAUAGUGUUGCACUAUGUAACGUUUUAUGGAACCGCCAAAACAUUUGCAUUAACAAGCUUCUGAAGCUGUAUUGCACAUAAAAUGUGUAACCAAUCAUUAUUUUACUUUUAAAUUAAAGGAAUGCUCUAGCAUUCAUCAAUCUCAUCACUUACCAAACAAGCAAAUAGUUCAACGUGAUUUACUGUGUACUAGAAUGAGCAAAAAUGACAUGAAACACACUUCUAAUAGAAAUCCAAGGGCACUUAAAUUUUGUAACUAUUAAAAACUACAACCAUUACACUUUUAGGUCAGUAUUUGGAGUUAAGUUAUGCAUAUUUGGGCAGUUAAAGGGGACAAUCACACUUGCCUAUUAUUUAAUAGCAGAGCUUUAAAAGCUUAAAAAUGUCAUUGUUUUUUGUCAAAAAUGAAGAAGAAAGAGAAGAAAAAGCCUGAGAAAACUGGACCCAUGAUAUCACUGUCUGUAAAUAACAGAGGAAUAGCCCCACUGUUACUGUUAUAUUAUAUUAUUAUUGUCCAUGUGGGCUCAGUUCAUUAGGUACUGAAUCAUGGAUUGGAAGGUUGAAGGUACAAGCCGGCCAGCACCAGGCUGGUACACAUCAAGCAGCGCAACAAUGAGCAGCAGUUAGCAGGCAGUGAAGCUGGAAUAACUGAAGCAAAAUAACGUUUAAUGAGGCACAGAGGCUGCCGAUUAAGGAACCAGCACUGUCAGUCAUCUGCGCCCAUCAGUGGCAUGGCAUGUGGACAUAAUACUAUAAUCUGCUUUCCCAGCCUUGCCCUGUCCUAUUCUGAGUGUAUUACAGUUUUGCAUUCAGUGUUUCAGUAAUUCCAUAACUAGCCUAAGCAGUCAAAUAAGGCUGAAUAAUUUCAAGUUUUUCCACGGCUUUAUCCUGGUCAGGGUUGUGAUGGGGUCCAGUUUCCCCGGUAUACUAUGCAGUAACAUACCCUGGACAGGAUGCCUUGGCCAUCCUCCUCUCAGACAUAGCCAAUCAUGUUUGUAUUCAGAUGCCUGAUUGGCUGAUAACACUGCUGGUGACUGAACUCUGGAUUCCAGUUGUAGUGGGCUGUGUAAUUUACCUGUGCACCGAAUAUCACGUUAGUAAAUUUUUUUCAAUAGAAUGAUUAACUACAAUUUACCUAUUUAUUUUACACUUGUACACUUAAAUUACAAUUUAACUAUUAACUAUUAACUGCCCUUGAUCUUUCAUUAAAAGUGUGUUUCACAUAAGUAGUUUUGUUAUUUUCUGUUAUUUUAGUUACCAUACAGGUUAAAUGUAUGAAAUUUAUUGUACGUUUAAUCACACAUAAGCUACAAAUGUGACGGAAAUAAAUUCGAUCGGAAAGCUCUGGACUGUUCCUUUAAACUUCCAGACUGUGAUGGUGGAGGUUUUACCACCUAUUUUUUCUGUUACUAUAAAAUGCUACCUGAUCGCAGGUUCACCUCUGUAACACCCACACACAGAAACACACACACUCACCAUGCUUUACUUCAGGAAAAUAUUAAUGCAGUAUUAGCAAGACGUUGUCAACAUGAAAAGUGUUGAAACUAAGGACGAUUGACCUUUGACCCCGUGUGUAACUUUUGUCACUUACUGUUACAUAAAAAAGAGGAAAUGUAGUGUGUUUAUGCUGCGUGAGCACACACACGUUCACACACUGAGCAUGCACUGUUCGGUCUAAGCAUUUCCCUGUCUGUGUAUAGUGUGUAUGUAUGCUGAACUAUUUUGUAACAUUUGUACAAAGCCUUGCUAAGUUAAUCUUGUAAAUAUGCAUAUAUUUGUUUUUUGCUUUCUUUUAUUUCUUUAUGGUUUACAAAAGUGCACUUAACGUGCGCCGUCAUUUCUUUUUAAGAUGUUACUUGAAAUUGUUUCUUUAAUGUUUUAAUUUUGUAUACAGUAUAUAUUAUAUAUAUAUUUUGUAUAAAUAUAAUAAGUACUUUUGUUUGGAUUUACUGGGGUGUACACGUUUUUAACGACGCAAAUAGAACUAAAUGACUGUGGACUGUUCCUUAUUUCCUUAUAAAUGGCCUUUUCUCUGUGACUUACAAGUACUAUGCAGAAAUCUAUACACCUCAAGUCAAAGAAAAAAACUUUAACCUGCAAACAAGUGUCUAAGAUGUGUUACACGCUAUAAUAAAUUCCUUAUUGCUGGGCAUU